CCCUGCUGAAGAGAGCUGCCAGCAUGGCAUGCCCCGGUGUGCUGUGGGCAUUCGUGGUCUCCACCUGUCUUGGAUCCAGCAUGACCCAGACGGUCACUCAGCCUCAACCUGAAGUGUCCGUGCAGGAGGCAGAGACUGUGACCCUGGCCUGUACAUAUGACACUAGUGACAGUCAGUAUUCUUUGUUCUGGUACAAGCAGCCUCCCAGCAGGGAGAUGAUUUUUAUUAUCCGCCAAGAUGUUUAUAAUAAAAAAAAUGCAACGGAUAAUCGCUUCUCUGUGAACUUCCGGAAAGAAACCAAAAGCAUCAGCCUCAGGAUCUCGGACUCCCAGCUGGAGGACACUGCGAUGUAUUUCUGUGCUCUCAGAUGUAACGCUGGUAACCAGAGACUCUAUUUUGGGAGAGGGACAAGUCUGACAGUCAUUCCAAUUAUCAGUGACCCUGACCCCUCCGUGUACCAGAUGAGAAGCCCUGAAUCCAACAACGUGUCCGUCUGCCUGUUUACUGAUUUUGAUUCUGAAACCAUUGUGCCACAAGACGAGGAGUCCACGGUGCACGGCACUAACAGCACAUCGCUGCACAUGAAGUCCAUGGGCUCCAAGAGCAACGGGGCCCUGCGCUGGAGCACCAGCCCUGAUUUCAGGUGUGCAGACACCUUCAAAGAGAACUUCUACUCCAGCUCAGAUUUCCCCUGUGAUGCCACAUUGGUAGAGAAAAGCUUUGAAACAGAUAUGAACCUGAACCUGCAGAACCUGUCAGUGAUUGGGUUCCGCAUCCUACUCCUCAAAGUGGCCGGCUUCAACCUGCUCAUGACGCUGCGGCUGUGGUCCAGCUGAGGUCAGCAAGACAGUGAGAGCCCAGUGCUCCGCGCUCCUCACCGCCCACCUCUCCCUCAAGCCCAGAGACUAAGUCUCAGCCUCCAGGGAGGAGAAGUCUCCCUCGCCUCUCCAGCCCGGGCAAUGCCUCCAACUGGAUCCUACCAGAUAUCUGUGAUCAAGAUGCCGAAGACCUGGCAAACGCUGCUGCCCCUCCCUCUGUGCCCUCAUUGUUGCUUGUCGCUGCCCAGCAUCCCUGGCAACGCAGGGGCUGCUGCAGCCUCUCCUGGCUACAGAUUCUCCUCCCCCUCCCAGAGACCGCCUCCGAUGUCCCCGGGUGAGGGCUCACCGGGGGUUCUCUCGGGUUCUAGCUCCUGGAGAAUGUUGUGAGGAGCUUAUUUUUUUAAAUAGUGUUCAUAAAGAAAUACAUAUCGCCCUUUCCGCAAGAUGUGGGGGAAGCUGUCUCAUUAUCUAGGCCCUGCUGUGCUGUGUAUCUGAGCCACGUUGUAUAUUCUGCUGCCCUGGCUUCAUUAAAAGAGAUUGG